AUGGAGCAACUUGCUUCGGAGCAUGAUGACUUGCGAACCGCGCGGGGCAACAGUGAGUACGAGCUGACGAAAGCGUACGAAAUGCAUAAGGCGGUUCAGAUUCGCAUCAAGCAGCGCUACAACUGCGAAGAGCAACUCGUGAGCAUUUUGCGCGCUCCAUUUCGCGGCUUCUCCGUUCAAGUUCGAUUCAAAUGUCGCGCAAAAAUCCAUCCAAUCAAGUUGGUUUCGAGAAAACGCGAAGAGAAACGAUUCGAGGAGCUCGAGAAAUUUCUAAGUCAGCGAAAUUUGCAGAAAGAGGGAGUCAUUGAUCAAAUUACAGUUGAGGUGUGUCAGUGUUGA